AUGAAAGCGUCGCUGAUGACGGUGCUAGUGUUGCAGAUGUUGGCGAUGAUUAUGGGUGGUAGCUGUGAUGAUGGUAAUCAGCGAUUUGUGAUCGCAAUGGUAAUGGUAAUGGUAAAUGAUGACGAUGAUGAUGAUGGUGGUGAUGGUGGUGAUGAUGAUGCUGAUGAUGAUUUUGAUGAUGAUGCUGAUGUUGAUGCUGAUGCUGAUGCUGAUGCUGAUGCUGAUGCUGAUGCUAAGGAAGAUAACUUGGAUGAUGUCAAUGGAAUCAACGAAUUGCAACUUUACGCGAAAUUGGCUUUGCAUAAAAAAUUAGAUGGAUAUGACGGCAGUGGUGAAGACGAACAAUAUCGGUAUUGUUUCGUUCGAAAAUCAUUUGAACUAAACAAAAAACAACUAAAGCGAUUUUUGAAGUAAAC